AUGCUGAGGAUGAACCAGUGCUCUUUGGCUCCCCGACCGGGGCGGCCAUUCCCCGGAGGAUACCGGUCAAGAGCUACAUACAUAGUAUGCAAUGCCGGCUGGCUGCCGAGAAAGGACCAUCAAGCUCACCAUGCCCACCAAUGCAGCCUAAGUUGCACCAUCCGCCUCGUGCCAACGAAAACACAAGACCAAUCAGAAACGACAACAAACGAGGCGAUAACUUGCCAGGAGUAUCGCCACGAAUCCACCCUAGAUCCAAUCAACCAUGUCUUCAAAGAAGUGGUGACUAUUGAAUCGACCAACUCUGGCCAAUUCCAAAUCGACCUCGACAUCAACCCGACUGUCUGUUGUGUACUCGAAAAUACCGCGGCCAACCAGUCUGGACGGACGACAGCUCAGAAAUCUCUCAUAUCACUGGACUACGCGGUUAAGAUCAGCUUAGAUGGAAUCGAAAUAGGCACUGCAAAAAUGCCCCGAACCCAAGAUGGCCAGGCAACAUACGCACAAGUCCUUUCGACCGACCACACGGCUUUUCGCUUGUUUCAAUUCUCACCAAUCAAGCUCGUCGACCCUGAUGACGAUAGCGAAACGACUAAAGAAAUCUGUCAAGACGAACAGGUUAUCAAAUCUUUAGGUACCAUUCAACUCGAGAUCUUCAAAUGUCAACUUCGCGCCCACAAAAAUCACAUACCCUAUGGUUCCACUGAUGGCACCAAAACGACAAAUGAGAUGAGCUUCUCAGAGUCCAACAAGAAGGCUCGUCUUUCCAGUACCGCCGGCUUAGGCGAUCCUAUAAUUCGUGAAGCCAAGCCUUACACAAAGUAUACCAUCACACAGCAAGCUGCACAUCCGUUCCUUCAUUUUAUAUUCCAGUACAAACCUCAGUCGAUUUUGGUUGCCGAAGGGAUCAUUCCAAAUCCCGUCAUCCCUGCUCAACCUCCUGUGAUAGACUCCAGUGCAACAUCAACGUCUAAACCAAAAUUACCCCCGUACUCAAUCAUGAUUGAUUCGGACUCUGAACCCGAAAAUAACAACAACGACAAACAAAAGAAAGUGAAAAAAGAAAAUCGUGUCAAAAAGGAAGAUAGUAAUAACAAUGGAAGCGGAUGUCAAUGCAAUUGUAAGAAUAAACGACCAGCUGAAGAUGGCGGCCAGGUCGCCGAGAGCUCGAAUGAAAAACGAGCCCGAAUCUCUGAUGCUGAUCAGAAACCUAAUGUAAACCAACGUGUCCAGCCAUCCAAGCCAAUAUUUAUCGACUUGACUUUAUAA